AUGCCCAAUUACGACACUCUGCAAUUCGUCUUCCCGCAUGGUCCUGCCCCCCUACCCGCUCAUGCUCCUGAGAACUUCACCGCGCAACAGAAUGAGGCCUAUGUCGGUGCUCAAGCCAUCGAAUCUCUUUCCGGAUGGUCUGUCAUGUCGCCAGGAUCUAUGACACCACAGGUGGCGGGGAGACUUCUGGGCUAUAUGCUACUUGAGGCGCCGACAGUAGAAGGAAGAGACAACGUUACAUUCGAAAUUGCAUCGUGCGCAGGAGAUGAAGCACGACUGAAACAACUGGCUCAGCUCUAUGCAAAAGUAUACAUCCGGACCUUCCAGGCAAAUGGCGGGAGGACUCCCAGUGAUUACAUGGACGAGUCAUCGCCUGAUUUAUCCGGUGACGAAGAAGAGGACGUCCCCCUUCCCAGUGUCAUGGAAGAAACCCACUGGGAAACAACGCAAAACGCCUCGAAACGUGAUCGACAUCGAUGCAUAUUAUCUCGUUGCUACGAUCUCCAGUACAUGUACGAUCUCUCUCAGCUGGAACCUGAACAUCCUCUGCUCAGGGUUUCAGAUCCAUUUGGCUCUGUUGACGAGGCCCGCAUCAUACCCAUCGAACGAAAGGCCAACAUCGCUGUUAGCGAACAGCAGGCCAAGCUUGAAAACCCGAUGAGCGCACCUGCGAUUCUAUCGAGAUUCGGAAAGACAGAUAUCUUUAAGGACCUCAAUGUUGACGACUUGAACCAUCUGAGUAACAUGAUGACUCUGAAUCGCUCCAUGGGUCCUUUGAUGCGCUUCAAAUGUGUCUCACGGCCGUAGAGGGACGGCCCAAUACUUACAAAACUGAGGCCUUUUCCCCCGGCAUGCUGAAUAUCAUACCUGAAAACCCUGUCACAUUCUCCACCCCCGACGAGAAGCGUCUUCCUCUUCCCAGCCCUGCGUUUCUCGCCCUUCACCGAGCAUGU